GCCGCUUGACUGGACGCUCGCUAUCUCCUUGCCGCUUGCAAGUGGCAUGCAGGACGUGGCAUUGCAUGCACGAGCUACCCUUCGUCUUCUGCUCGGGGGGCGUGCACGUGUCCUUUCCGCAGGCAGUUGUAACAGGUCGUCAGCCAUGUUUUUCGAGCAGGUUCUGCGCCGGUUCCCUCAAGUUGCGCGGCCGCCAUUUCCCGGGCCCUUUGCUCCUCUUCCUCCACCCUUACCCUCCGGGAAACCUCAGCCGCAAGCUCUGACUGCCGCUGGAGAAGUUCCGGGUUCUUGCGAAGGCGGUCAAUGCCCCCCAAUCUCUGAUAAGUCCUCAGUGAGUAGUGACUUGAGGAGGGCAUCUGCAGACCCGAGGAAGUUAUCAACGUGCCCCAGCUGGCUUCGGAGGCCUUCAAGGGUGUCGAAAUUAGGAUCAAAAGGGGUUGCAAGGAGUUGGAGGACCAGGUCCUCCGGGAACUCGGAGUUGAUGCUCUGUUCA